GUGUCAGUAUUUUGGCAACAUAAGCAUCAACACGUAACGCCUUUUUCCCUCUCUAUUAAUUAGUCUGUAAAGUGUUUAGCAAAUGAAUUCAACGAUCUUGCACUGGAGCUACCGCGACUUCCGGCAAAUGCCGGAAGAGUUGACCUCCUGUAGUGAUGAAGUCGUCGAGGUGUAUCUUAAGGAAAACUUUAUCCCAGCGAUCCCGAGGUGGUUCUGCGAGCAAAUGUCCCGGUUGACCUUUCUCUGUCUCGCUGGAAAUCUGAUCACGUACGUUCCUGAGGAAAUUUCCCUGCUGAUCAACCUGGAAUCGCUCGACGUUUCACAGAACGUUGUUGAAGCAUUGCCCAAGUCCGUUGGAAAGUUGCAGAGAUUGAUUCGUUUGAAAUUGAGUGAAAAUAAACUUACGGGAUUGCCCAAAGAAAUCGGUCAACUUCAGAACCUGGAGAUUUUGGAGCUUUCCAAGAACAGACUUACUGAACUCCCCAUCGAGAUGUCUCACUGCCUAGGCCUGCAAGAGCUGAUCCUCGACGAUAACUACUUCCUAUGUCGAAUUCCCACCAAAGUGUUCACCAUGCCCCAGAUAACUUAUUUAUCAGCUGAACGAUGCAACCUGUUACUGCUGCCAUUCAUAGUGAACACCGAUUCGCUUGAAUUUGUGAAACUCUUUAAAAACUACACCCUGACUCACUACCCAAUGGUCCUGGAGAGGUUUAUGCAGCCCAACUAUGAUCAGUUUAAUGCGGUACAGCAAAAUAGAACCCUCAAACCGUUCUACUACCAACGCGUCCGGUGUGAUGCAUCGUCUCAAAACUUGAUCUUUCCCGCCGAACUGCGCACCAUUUUAGAUCGUCGAAAGUCGCUUCAAAUGCCCGGCUCACUGGUGGAAAUUGCACUCCGACGUUGCAGCCCCGCAAAAUGGAGUCGAUGUGCGAGCUUAAAGGAAUGCAUUCCUUCGGAACUGUACGCGAGACUUCGAAGCGGACCGGUGGCCAGAUGUGCGAGCAUUCCGUGUUUGAAUGAAAUUUUCAACGAGUGCAUUCUCGGUUUGGUUAAAAGGUAG